CCUCAAAAACCCUUCUAGACGCUUCACGGGUUGUGGUUCUAGUUCACGGUCCUGGAGACCGUGAACUCUAAUGCUGGACCAUGAACAUCAUCUAAUUCCUCCUUUUUUUCCCGGUCUUUGCUCCUUUUCUUCCAACUUUCUACUCUGGAGUUGGUUUCACCUGUUAGACUCUAAAACACACUAAAACACAAGAAACCUAGCGUAAAACCACCCCUUUUUGGAGCUCAAUUGCCACAAAAGUCAAAGAGAAAUGGGGAUAAGAAUUGUACAAUUAGGCCCGAAUCACUCCCCCACACUUAGACGUUUGCUUGUCCCCAAGCAAACCAUUUUGCACAAGGCAAUAUCUCAACCAAAAAAAUGCUUUGGGGACAAAUCAAAGGGCACAAAGUGGCGAAUCUCAAUCGCUAUUGGCAAUUAACACAUAGACCGUUGCAAGCAAUACUGACAUCCACCACAAAUGACAUUCGAGGUAACCAAAAAUGGGCAAACGAAAAGUUCUCACCUUGUUCAUGAAUCAAUGCAAGUCUCAACAAGAUCACUUAUCAACCACAACUAACCAUGCAUAACAUUCAAGUCCAAGGAACAAACGAAUGGACAACAAAAGUCCUCAACUGGGUAUGAUAUGACAUGCAAAGCAAGAAUGAAUCACUCACUCUCUUGACCAGUGGUGUCAUGACCUUUUUGGCGCAAAGACAGAGCAUAAUCAUCAGCACUCGACCCUAUCGUAUCUUCACCACGGCGACAACCUCUAAAUUUUAGAGUUCACGGGAUGGUUGUCAUCACUAGCUUGCUUGGAGGUCUUAGAUACUGGUUCAAAUGACUGGCGAUUGUCUUGGACAUGGGGAAAAAGCUUUUUGGGUGGCGACAAUUGUAACACCCUAACCCGGCCGGGUACUACUAUUACUAAAAUUCCCUUGAUAAACAAAAUACUCAAAUCUUAAAUUGUAGCGGGAAAAAUUUUCAUAAAUAAAAUACUGAAAACACACACUUGAAGCUCAGGGCAAAGACCUAACACGUGGGCAAAUUAAACUCAAACUUUAAAAUCUCAAUCUGAUCUCUAGUCUAUACUCUUAAUCAUAAAUGUAAAUAACUAAUAAUCUCUAAUGUUGUUGCUACUGAAACCUUGACUAAGCAUCCUCUGUGAUGCUUAUACUACCCUCCUCUAGCUGCCUGCCCUCGAAUUUGCUGCUCACUAAAUGCUCCUCUAGCUCUUCCUCUAGCUCUUCAAACUGGUGAGUGAGAUGGGGUCAGUCUACGCACUUACGUGUAAAUACUUAUAAUACUUGAGUACUUUACUUAAACACUUAACUUUAACUAGUGGAAGUUGUUUGUACUUCCAAUCUUAAAAUCUUAACUCUUAAACUUUGAGGGAGUUGAAGUUACUCUCCUCUCUUAAAACUCAAAUCUCGACUUAAAAUACUUGACUGACACUGGGAUCCCGCACUAGCUAGUCCGGUUGCCAACUCAUACGUAUGAGAAGCCAUUCAGGCUUUCCUUAAACUUAGUUAGGGAAGUCGUAACGAUUCAUCCCCCUAACAUCUUAAACUUAUCGCGGUGGCUCUUCACCACCAUUCUCAAGGGCAUAACUGUUGCCCAACUUAAAAGUCUCAAGAGCAUAACUGCGGCUCUACGACAUCCCUAACUAAGUUUAAGGAAAGCCUGAAUGGAGUGGAUGGUGGUCAUCGGGGAGCACAGAGUUGCACCACUGGGGAGGGAAACACAAAGCGGUAUCAUGAUGAGGUCAUCAAAGCCAAACACACUCAAGUUGAAGGGCCAAUGACUCGAGCAAGGGCUAAGGCUUUUCGGGAUCAAAUUGCAAGCUAUUUGGCUAAGGAGUUGGAGGGCUUAAGCUUGGAUUUGCUAGAAGGAAAGUCCCUCAGACUAUUGAGCUAUGUGGAUCACGAAAUUGGGAUCAAAGGGAGGGAAGGAGGGUCGGCCAUGGAGAAGGAGUCUCAAGGUGUGCAUGGAAUCAACAAUGGAUAAAGAUCAUGGUGUGAACACAAGGUGUGAAAGGAAUUUCAAGUGUGAACACAAGGGGGGCGGAUUUGAAGGCUAGAUUCAAGGGUAGUUGUUGACUUAGUCUUUUCCUUGUUUGUUAAGGUUUUUCUUUUCCUUGUUUGUUAAGGUUUUUGUUUUCCUUUUUCAAGUAGGAUUUGGUUUUCCUUAGUUGUUUUGUGUUUAGAUUCGUGGGUCUAUAAAUAGGAGUCCAACCAAUGUAUUUUUCAUUCAAGUUUCAGCACUCAAAUACAAGUGUUUACAACUUCAAGUGAACGUUUUGCUUAUUUGCUCCUUUGAGGAUUCGGGAGGUUUGAGUGGUCUCUUAUCAACUAGAGAACGCGUCUAGUUGUGGCGAGCAUCGACGAUAUCGAUUGGCCUCUUCCACAGGUUCGAGAUUGUUUGGAAGGUUUUAUAUACCUUCUGGCCCUUCUCACGAGUUCGGAUUUGUUUGAUCGAUUCCACAAGUAUCUUUAUUUUCAUGUUAUUCAAGAGAGGAGAAAACCCCUAAAAAGUUCGACGUGUGCAACUCUGGUUUUUGGUUUGAUUUGGGAGGAUUCUCGAAUUAGGAUCAUAUCAUAUCAUAGGGGAGAGAGUUCGCCGCAGCGGGUGUUAGUCUUCGCUGGGUCGCCGGCUUGAGGAGGUGAGAUCGACGAAGCUCGGGAAAGCGGCAGCAGGGGAGGGGAGCGAGCUUCCUCUUGUCUCUGGCUCUGUGCCUCUCUAGUUUACGAUUAGGGUUCAAAAUUAGAAAGAGAAGCUCGACCUUUCAAGUUUCAACCCAGCAAUUUCUUGACCAUUUUUUUUUAUUCUAAUUAAAAUCUAUUAAUUUAGGUUUAAUCAAUAGAGAUUAAUUAAAACAAAACUCCCAACUUAUAAUGAGUAUUAGCUUACUCAACCACGAACCGAAUCGAUUAUUGGACGAACCCAACUCAUAAAUUCGGGAUGUUACAUUUCCUCCACCCUUAUAAAAAUUUGGUCCGCGAAAUUUAGACUGUGAUAGACACCUUGCAUUUGAUAGUGCUUGCCUCGACAGAGAUUUCACAUUUCCCUCCUUAAGAAAAAUUUCGACCUCGAAAUUUGUGCACCUCGACAACUUAAGGUCUCACUUGAGGAAAUCCUUCUACUACUGAGAUGUAUACUUCCUUUACCUUGUACGACCUUGAGCUAUGAACCCUUUCCUCCAAUUCGUGUGGUUCUUCGCCAACUAAUUACUCACCCAUUUUUUAUAAAUCUCUUGCUCAAUGCGUCUAUGGCACUAUGGCACUCUCCCUUCUUAAAUGCCUUCGAUGGUGUAAUGGCAUUCGUAGCUCUUGUUGUUCUCCACGAUUUGUCUUGGGUCUCUACUUAGGAUUCCUUAAGAACUGAAGGAAAUAAAUUAUUAGCCAGCUGUUCAGUUCGUGACUCGUCGUAACUUAAGCUCAUAACAGGCCCAGACCUUGAACUUCGUCCUCCCUAUCUUGACUGCUAACGACUCUCCUAGGUAUAGAAUGUCUGUAGAGAAUGUUUGACCUGCAUAAUGAUUGACUCCGAUGCUGGUUCCUAGGUAUCACUUCUUCUCCCUUUAUAGGCCUCGUUAUUCUCCUCUUUGAUAAUUCCACUUGAUACGCACUCUUAAUGCCUAAUUCACCAUAUAUGGUGCCGUUAGCAAGAGAGAAUCCCUUACACAUCCCUAUUGAUGUUCUUAAUACCCCUUUCAACCUUAAGGUUACUAAUGGCGGCUUAACCUCCAUCUUGUUAGAUAGUAAAACUCUUUUAACGUAACCCUUGUCUAGGGUUGACCUCAUAGGUCACCUAGGUCCUUGUAUCUCCUAACUUUGCAUCCCUUAAUUUCUUCCUUGAUGCCUCGUCUUAUCCUUUGACCAUAAACUGAGUGUUCAUCUCCUUGUUACGGCUUAACCUCCAUCUUGUUAGAUAGUAAAACUCUUUUAACGUAACCCUUGUCUAGGGUUGACCUCAUAGGUCACCUAGGUCCUUGUAUCUCCUAACUUUGCAUCCCUUAAUUUCUUCCUUGAUGCCUCGUCUUAUCCUUUGACCAUAAACUGAGUGUUCAUCUCCUUGUUACUUCUUGCUUAACUCUGAAACCUUAUACUACUGCUUUUACUUCCUGUAUGCAUUAAAGGCAUCCUUUGCAUCUUUCUCUAGCUUGCUAACAACUAUAUGACUCCCUUCAAGAGUCAUGAACUGCCCUUUGGCUUACUUGUUCACUCCUGGCACCUAACUUAGCACCUCCUUAUCGCCACCUGAAUUUGAAGUUCUCGUAUUAUCCAUUCUGCUACUCUUAGACCCUACCUGAAAUUCCUCAUACGGUUUCCCCGUCCAAUAGAGUUUUACCUGAGAGAUUGACACAUUUCCCAAGCAUAGGCAAUCUUGGUUCCAGUCUGGGUAUUCUAGCAGGUUCCCUAAACUUGUAUCUCUCUUACUUCGUUACUCGUGACUCUUCUUCUUGAUGUUACUCGCUAGUUCUAGAUGAUGUCCUUAUUCUCGAUGUAGUCAUCUAGGUUUUCAAAUUCUCUUCUUACUAAUGUACCUUGACCGAUAAGGUUUUCCCUUCGACCGUUUGGGACCACCACACUUCUACUUUAAAGUUGACCAUUGAGCUUCGCAGUUCUUGAUGGGCUUCCUAUGGUCCAACUUAUUCUCCACUGGCAAUCACCUUAACGCCUCCUUGUUGACCUUCGUAUUCUUUCGUCGGCUCUUCCUAACUAUCUUUCUCCCUGAAUUUGUCAUUUUAUCUACCACCACCCUUUUCACCAUAACUUUCAUUAUAGCCUUGUGGUUUCCUCCUUACUUCCACAACUCCUUCAUCGAUGCUUGGUACUAGCUUUGAUCUACUCAGUUUAGUAGCUCCUCGCUAUACCCCAGAGCCAACAUUUCCACUAGAAACUUUCUCUAGGUAGACUUGACGGAUGACACCCACGACUUCUACUCACGAUGGUGCUUGACCACGUCCCAACUAUCUUCCUUUGCGCAUUCUUUGUCUGGUCGACAACUACCCCUUUUUUAUAUUUCCUAUAGCGUCCUAUGGUGUUCUCCUUGCUUCUUUACUUUUACUACCCUUCUGUUGAUGCUUUGUACUAUUUUCGGUCACCAAACUCUGUUGAGUAUCUUCUCGUUGUUGUUUUGGGUCAAAGCUUCCACUAGUGGCUUGCCCUUGGUAGGCUUGAACAUACCUCAUCCACGUCUUUUGUCUCGACCGAUGCUUGUGCAUAGCCAUAAUCUCUUGGUCAUGGCUCUUAGUGGCUUAACUAAAUAACACUAAUUUAUACUUAACUGGCCUUCUUUUAUGGAUGACAUCCUACUAUGUCGUACUAGCUCAGGGUGGGGCACCUUGGGUAAGGUAACUUAAUGAUUUCCCCCUUCUUGGUAAUGCUUUUCCUCGUCGUACUCCACUAUGCAUUUUCUUGAACAUGAGUCACCUACACAUAUUCUCAAUCCUUCAUCGGAACUUCCAUGUGUUUCCUCGAAUUCUCUGCCAUUCACUAGAACAUUUAUUGAACAUGCCACUUACUUGUCUAUACUUGGUUGGCUUAAUGACUUACUCUAUAGCUAGUUCCGAGACCUCAGCUCUUAGCCCUCUAGUUCCAACUUAGUAGAGAGGUUCCUCCUUCUGUCACCCCUCAUGUACCCUAGGAGGCUAGGUGUUCCCUCUAUUUAAGAGAGGACAAUCCCAUAAUAGAUCAUCGUGAACUCUUGCAUACCCCUUCCAAUGGUCCCAACAUCCUCCUGACCUUUCAUGAUUUGGGUAGUUUGCAGGGUCUCUAAUAUCCUCUUUCUAGCUCCUUGUUUACUUUGUAUUCAUCUCAGGCAUUGCUGAGAAUUGGUUCUCUACUCGUACUACCAUUUACUAGCUAACUGUUAUUCCCUCUCACAUUCCAUAUCUUUUCUUACUUAUUGACUCCCCGCUGUCUUCUACAUGGCAUGCUUUAGACUUUGGUGGCACUCUCCCCUACGUCUCGUCCAAUGGUGGUCGUACUAAAAACAUAACUUGUCCUCUACAUCAUUUAUCUCGUUGCUUGUCUUGUUUCUUUUAAAGGCUUGUCAUCAGCCUAACUCCCCAGGGUCAUGUACCCUCUUCUGUAGUGACGUAGUUUAUGUAUAAGGGUUCCUUUGUCGUCAUGUGUAAAUGACCAUGCCUCAUCUUCGCCUUGACUUAUUGACUUCUUGACGUCCUUUCAUACUCCUUAUUACCUAUUUAUUUCCUCCUUCGCUUCAUUUAUACUACCCUAGCAUUUCUUAAAGUCUAAGCAUUCCUCUACUCCUUGUCACUGUGUGGUAAUGGCGUUGAGCCAUCGACCACAAAAACUAGCUGAGGGACUUCUCGGGGUACCUUUUCGUUUCUUGACCCGUUGCCCACUUUCCAAUGCUUAGGACCAAAGACCCUAACAUCAUCCUAGUAUCAUAGCUACUGGCAUCUGGUGAUUGUUCCUCUUCCUUUGGAGAUUCAUGUUUCUCCCCUUUGUUUGUCUUAGCUUAUUAGAUCAUCCACUUGUUCCCUAGUAGUAAAAUCCUCGUACUACUCUCUCAACUCCUUCAAAAUCCUUGAGGUAUUCCCUUUCAAUUGGCACCUCUUUGCUGGUGUUUGGAGUUGAAGUCCUCGCACAUUUGAUUCUAUCUUGAGAGCCUUUGAGAUUCUACUUGGGUUGGUCACGUUUCUUUCAUCCUUUCUUUCUUACUAAUGAUCGCCAUACGCCUCAAUCUCUUAUUUGACGUCCCACGACGAGUCAACUUAACUCGCGUUCUAGCUUAUUCUUAAACCAAUUGCAAUCUCGUGCUACCUUCUCAUAGUGUCGUGCUGUAAUGGUUAUUCACCUUAUUAUGAUUAGAGUAGAUUGGAGAUUCUAUAAACUCUUAAAAGAAGAUCCUUGACUCAUUUUUUUCUUUCCUUUAAAAACAAAUACCUUGAAAACUGAGACCGAUAUUCCAGUAUUCCUUGGAGACCCAGGAACAGAGGAAGACCGGCUCUGAUACCAAAAUGUAACACCCUAACCCGGCCGGGUACUACUAUUACUAAAAUGCCCUUGAUAAACAAAAUACUCAAAUCUUCAAUUACAGUGGGAAAUUUUUUUAUAAAUAAAAUACUGAAAACACA